UAAUAAAAGGUUGUAGAGGUCUUGGCAAGAUGGCACUUCAAUUGCAUGGCAACGUUGUCGCCAACUGUUUCUUCGCAAUAGGAAUCAUUAUAGGCAAUCUGGCUCUAAUUGCCAUUAUUUUGUUAAGAAAGGAACUCAGACAGAAUUCCAAGUAUGUCAUUGUUUUGUUCUUAGCACUGGCAGACUUAUUCGUUGGAAUAUUUCCCCUCCCGAUGUGGACACACACGCUGGUUGCACAGGAAAUCGAUAUGUCGUGUUCAACUUUAAAGGCAUUAUAUGCAUGCGGUUCCAUUACUGUUGCCAACAGCUGCUUUGCCGUCAUCGCACUGAACAUUGACUUCAUACUUCAAUCUACAAUUUCAUCGUAUCAAGGAAUGUGCAAAAAAAUGGUUACAUGCAUUCUCGUCGCGUUCUUUCUUCUUGGACCGAUUAUCGUUCUGGUGCCAAUAAUGGUCAAUGGUCAGUAUCCUGGUGCUCCAACGUGUGGUUUGUAUUCGCUUGUGCAAUACGCAAGAGCUCUUGUUGCCUUGUCCUAUUGGGUUCCAUCUUUCAUCGCCAUCAUCACGACAGUGGUUAGUAUUGCUGUACAUCAAAAGAGAAGACGGCAGUUGAAUCAAUCCUCUUCCAGUCCCACUGCACCGGUUGAUCUCAUCGUAGCCUCGUUCUUGACAGUUGCUCUCUUCUUCCCAGGCGAAGUGUUAUCUUUGACAAGUGUCACGUGUUUCUCCGACUGCGGCUGGUAUGACAUACUAUCAAUAGUUUUGGGCUACUUUGCCUACGCUAAAUCUAUGAUCAUCCCAUUCCUCUGGUUUCUGAACCAAGAUUUCCGGUCAAUAGCUAAAGGCCAGAUACCUUCCAACGCCAAUCAACAGCCAGUUGUCAGCCAGCCUCCUCCCUACUACACGCACCAACAAUAUCUACAAAAUCCUGGAGCACAACCUGCUGCUCAUCAGAACAACUAUUGCAGAUCCGUAAUAACUGAGAAACUUGAACUGCAGGAGCCAAUGAAACGGUAACAAAUAACAUGUCGCCCAUUGGCCCAUAUGAUGUUGUGUUUGUUGUUUUACGCCACAAUUGGCAACAUUCUAGCUAUAUAAUCUGAACUAGACAAACAAGUGAUUGCUGCCAUGAGCAUCGUCUAAAAGGCCAUCAGGUAAUAAACGUCAGCAACAUCACGGAGGGAUACACAAGAAAUGGGGGCCUCAUUGUACCCAUGUGGGGAACGAACCCAGGGCUUCGGCGUGACGAGCGAACUCUUUGACCACUUUAACCCCACCAUCCCGAUUCUCCAAGAAUGACAUUGUGGUGCUGAUUAUAGAUUCAUGUAAUGCGAGUAGGUAGAGAGACACCUCUCCUGGCGGUUUCAAGACACUUGUGAAUCUGAGGAGGUUUGACACACGCAGUCAUACAAUGAGACAUAAGUUUAUUCCAAUAUUGUCACACAUGAAGGAAGAAUACCGAGCAUUUCACAACAUACAUAUCCGAACCCAUGACAGUCACAUAUUUUGUUUAAAGAUUCUUUAAUACGUAACAAUAUUUACGAUCAUAAAUGUAGAUAUUAUUGCGAAGAUACUUAAGACGGCCUUUAAGCUCAUGUGUAUCAACAACACACUCUGUAUCAUGUGAUGAUUCAUUGAUUCAUGUGAUGAUGUAUCAUUGUUUGACUGACUUGUAUAGUUGUAGACAGAGAAGUUGCAUAUGCUUCCAUAUAUACAUAACAAGUUCAAAUAUGGUACCUGUGUGGAGCAUUAUGAAGCUGAGAACUGAGGAGCCAAGUAUAACGCUCAUUCACGCGGAAGCAGUAUUAUUCACUUGUGUGUAUUAUUGCGAAAGUAAUUAAGACGUAAUUAAGACCAAUAUAAACUGUUAACACAUUGUGUAUCAGGCGUUAAUUGCAAAAUCAGGUCAAGCAAUAAAUCCACCCGAUCCAUCAUCCACGAUAAAUGAGAAAUUCACCUUGUAACUACAAUAUGCGUGUAUCUAAAGUACGUUUUAAAAAAAAAAAAUUCUCUUAAAAAAUAAUACCUAUAAAACACGAUGCCUUGUAAAUGUAUACAUGACGAUUCGUUAUUUUGUCGAUCUAUUAUUAGACGCCAAUCAUGGACCCAUAAAGAAAAUAGGACAAUU